AUGUGUGUCCGUGUAUGGGGGACCGUGCGUGUCCUUGUGUUGGGGGACCGUGUCCUUUGUGUGGGGGACCGUGCGUGUCCUGUGUGUGGGGGCGUGUCCUUGUGUGUGGGGGACCCGUGCGUGUUCCUUGUGUGUGGGGGACCGUGAGUGUUCCUGUGUGUGGGGGACCGUGUUGUCCUUGUGUGUGGGGGACCGUGUGUGUCCUUGUGGGUGGGGGACCGUGCGUGUCCUUGUGUGUGGGGGACCUUGUGUGUGGGGGACCGUGUGUGUGUGGGGGACCGUGUGUGUGGGGGACCGUGCGUGUCCUUGUGUGUGGGGGACCGUGUGUGUGGGGGGACCGUGCGUGUCCUUGUGUGUGGGGGACCGUGCGUGUCCUUGUGUGUGGGGGACCGUGCGUGUCCUUGUGUGUGGGGGACCGUGUGUGUGGGGGGACCGUGCGUGUCCUUGUGUGUGGGGGACCGUGCGUGUCCGUGUGUGUGGGGGACCGUGCGUGUCCUUGUGUGUGGGGGACCGUGCGUGUCCUUGUGUGUGGGGGACCUUGUGUGUCCUUGUGUGUGGGAACGUAAUGGGAGGGCUCUGAGGUUAGCUGCUAGUCGUUAAGGAUUCACUGUUACUUCCUCUAAGUCUCUUUCAGAAAUAGAGACUUUACAUUAUAUCUGCUCAGAGAGGUUUGGUUUAUGUGAACAGAACAUUGUUUUAACCAUCUCUCCCUCUCUCCUCCCCCCUCCAGGCUAGGACCAGUGUUCAGCCUGUUUGUACCUUUCUACUCCUCCAUCCCCAAAGUUCCAGUCACUCAACUCCUGGGUCAGAUCUCCAUAACUAACAAGUCCUUGGUUUACAUUGUAGGCCUGCAGGUAUGUGGAGCUACAUAGUGUUGAUCAUGGUGGGGGUCCGUGUUAGUCCAGUGGUUAAUAUGUCUCUGUGUUGUGUUUCAGCUCCUAACCUCCAGUCCAUACAUGUGGCUCGUUGCUCUUAGUGGACUGGUGAGUUCAAACCACACUGAUCCUGUUGCAUAGCAACCAGUAUUACCCAACCAUUAUCUCAACCACAAUCGCUUCUUCAGAAAUCCUAAAUACACACGCAACACACGCAACUCCACACAUCUGAACCACAUAGUGUGUUUGUUGCACUUAGAUCUCUGGGAAGCUGUACCACAGUAAUGCUCUGAGGGUGCAGCGGCUUCUCUUCCUGCCCCGGUGGCUGUCCCGUGUAGGGGCCUUCCUCCUAGAGCCCCUGUUCUCCGGGCUCCCGCCCCCCAAUGACACCCCCCUGGGCAUGGGGGCUACGCUGGACAUCCAGAGACAGCAGAGAAUGGACCUCCAUGAUCAACAGAUGCUGCUGGCCCAGUUCAACCAGGCUAGGAGGAACCACAGACCGCCACAGGUAUGGGCUGCAGAUGUACACACACACAUUACUAGACACACACACACAGCUACAUAAAAACACCCUAAUAGUUAAGCUGUGGGUGUUCAAGACAACUUGGAAAACAAUGACCAGUGUUCAUUCGAUCGUCCUAUUUCUCCUGACUAAAUCUAUGAUGAUAACGAGAUGCCCCGAAAAAUACGAUAACUAUUACAAAUAGACAUUCCAUUAUACAUGACCCGCCUUCUGAUCUGUUUUGGCCAAUCAGAAGCAUGCAUGCCUUUGCAGAAUAUUUAAUGCAGUCCUCUCAUUGGCAGAAUGAACGUCCUUCAUUUGCGCAGGCUACUUGAGCUCAUAGCCCUGCCUGCCUUUCCAACACACACAUCUCCCGGCGGUCACUCUCUUUUGAACUGAUGUGCAGGCAGGGCUCUUCUAAAUUGUAAAUGACCUUUAUUCUGUACAGAAACAAUAAUGUUCAUAUUGGCCAUUUUUGCAUUGAUCACAUCCGAAGCUAUAUUUUGCUCCAACUUCUCCGACCUGAAGAUCACUGACAUCAUGAUUUUUCCUUGGCUGAGAUCGUUUUUUUUUUGUUGAGUUCCCAGUUGUCUUGAACACACCAUGAUUGUCCCCUCUCUGUCCUUCCAAGGAUGGCCUAAUGAACUGGAACAGAUUUUUCCCCUCGCUGAGACACAGAGGACAGAACCUUGCCCCAGAGCCACAACCACACCCCUCUCCACAGCAGCCACACCCCUCUUCACCGCUGCAGCCACAUCCCUCUCCACAGCAGCCACACCCCACUCCACAGCAGCUCCACCCCACAGCUCCACCACUGCAGCUGGCGCCCACGGCUCCUCCCUUGGACAACACUCCUGUAGCCGAAGAACAGGUGAGCACUGUGUGUGUGUGUGUUUCUGCUCUUCUUUACCAGUUUCGUGUUAGCAUUUCUCUGACGUUCCUGUGUGUUUAUUUCUGUUUCCCUAGGUUGCCAGAUUGAUGGAGAUGGGUUUCUCCAGAAUAGAUGCUCAGGAUGCCCUCAGAGCGUCCAACAACGACAUCAACGUGGCAACCAACUUUCUGCUGCAGCAUUUAGGGUAGGGAGGAGUUGGAAAGAUGUAGAACCUGAGAGAGGGAAGAGGGGACAGAAUGUGGUCUUGGUCCGACCCAGUGAGCAGGGCCCUGGGGUUGGAGGUCAGGGUGACUGUGCUGCUCUGGAGCUCCAGAGGACUACACAGAGAUUAACUCAACACAGACUUACACAGUUACUAGGAGGAAAGGAGAGAGGAGGACAUUGGAAUGCUGCUGCUGCUGUUUUCCACCGUGUUUCCUGAAGGGUGAAGAGGGCUGUCCACAGUGCUUCCUGGUAGUGGGUGCUCAGCCCUGUUCCAGAUACUCUGGAUACUCUGUCCUGUCACCGUGCUGCUGAGGGACAGAAGAUGGAGGAUCAGAAGGCUGCUAUUCUCAGGGUUUGUUGCAUCUAGUGUCUUCUCUAUACUCUGGUUCAUUAAGGCUUCCUCCACCUCACACACACCAUCGCCCAGAAAACAUACACGCACACACAUGCUCGCCAGUCCCUCAAGGUUUUCUUUUGCGUCAUUUGUCCAUGGACAGUGAUUACAGGAGUUUGUUUGAUGACUUCUGCAAACACUCAGAAUCAGAAUUAAUCUGAAGUCUUAAAGGGGUUUGAAAUGAGGAGAAUAUACUAAAUGAUUUAUGGAAACUGUCAAUCUUGUAUUCUCAAUGAAAAACGUGUGCACAUGUAAUACUGAGUGUAUGGCUUGUAUGUAUAGCUGCUCAGUGGCUACAUUCUGGUUAACCACACUGUGGAAUAAAAUCAUGCUGACAAGAUAUUAAUGAUGAAAAUUACUGUUUCACAAGUUUUUUUUCCACAAAAUCAUUGAGGACAUAACACUUUAUUUAUUGCAUUCUUAUUUACUUUUUGGUUUAUGUGACUGACUGUAUAAACUGAGGUGUGCUUGUUGUUUUGUUAACCUAUGCCAGUGUGUGUUAUUACGCGACAGAUGACAAAUUAACAAGAUCCGCUUCCAACCACUGAAAUAUAUGCAAUGCACUCUGCUCUGCUGUGGUAACAGUGCUGUCCAUACAGCGCUACAACAGUAUAAUGGUUAAUGAAUAAACCUACCUCUCACCUUCAGA